AUGUUGUCUUGGCAGCAGAAGACGAACCACAUUCGGGAACGGCGUUUCAGAUUUAUUCUGGGAGUUCGAAUGGGAGUGUAUCGUUGUGCUAUGGAAAGAACGAAAAUAGACAUUAGACAAUUUGCUUAUAUCAUUUGUGGUCAAUGGAAGGAGAAUAUAUACCGUCGCAAUGAUACCGGCCCGCCGAUUGUUGGACCGCAAUCCCGAAUCGACUUCCUCCGCUUUGAAGUUGUUUCCUCGAUUUGCUGGUCGGCGCUUUCACGAGAAUGCAAAGAAGAAAACGAUGCCUGGUUGGUAACCGGGACGAUCGGUGAGUUCCUUUGCAGCGGCUGGCGAUUUGUUUGA